AUGCCAACAGCCCCAACCUCGUCUGCAUUCCAAUCGAGACCGGCGCACAACUCUUCUCCAAUGUCGAAACUAUACAGGUCGACAAUGCUCCAGAUUGCCAUCCUGGCUAUCUGUGUGCUAGCAUCAGCACGACUCAUCAACACACAGAAGCGAGAUGCGUGCGUCUCGGAAAGCAGUCCGAAUCCCGCCGCGCAACAAUACCCGGAACUCAUAAGCGGGAAUCUCAACGGCACGACACUCAUUGUGCCGAUUACCAUCGAGAGAGCUCGGGAACUGAUUCCGGAGGAAUGGGGUAUCGCUGAGAAUGCAUACCGCUCGCUUCUUCCCUCGUUCCCCGCUGGCAUGUAUCCGAUGAUGGCGCAGAUCGUGCAUGAUCACGACAUCCAGCUCCCGGCUUACAACGUGUCUCUGCAAGACUUCUCGCGCGCGUCGUUUGAAUUCCCAUUCAUAGACAUAUUCCACGACGGGCAAAGCUCGUUCCGCUGGGCAGGAUCUAUGAUGAUCUCAGCCGAGAAUCCGAUGGCUAUUGGAGGCACCCAAAGCUACGGCAUCAAAACCUAUCCCGCCGUCUUCGAUCCACGCUGCGAUGCCUACAAAGCAUUGCCCAACGGACGGACGUCCAUCUCCAGCAAGAGCAGUGGCAACAACACGUCCAAGUACAUGUCGCUCGAGACGGGCGCGUCGUGGGACAACAUCCCGUACUCCCUAGACUUCUUCAAGAACAUCACGAACCAGCCCACCUUCGCCGACACCCCGAUCUGCGACUACUACCAGCGGCUGUUCAACACCACGCUCACGUCAGGUGCGAAUGCGCCGGUUCCGAUCGUGGGCACGGUCGAGGCGAACAUGGACCCGUUUCCGUGCGCGCAGAGCUGGCAGGCGGAAUAA